AUGCCGCCCUCCCAGCUGAAGCGGCUAAAAGCCUCCCUGCGCGAACAGGGCAUCACUGGCCCGCAAAAGUCGAAGAAGCAGAAGAAGUCGCAAUCCAAGAACGCCGACCACCACGAACGGAAAGCCUCUGCGCUCGCCUCGAUUCGCGAAUCCUUCAAUCCCUUCGAGUUCAAGCACCUUGCGCGCCCUCACAAGCAUGAGUACGUCUCUGCGCAGGCUGAGAAUGCCCCCAAGAAGAUCCUCGGCCGGCCUGGCGUUACGAAGAGCGCGGGCGAAGAGGCACGAAGAAAGUCGCUGCUUCCAGAGAUGCAUCGCAAGAACAAAGUUGGAGGCAUCCUGGAUAGGCGGAUAGGCGAAGAUGACCCGACUAUGAGCUUGGAGGAUCGUGAGAUGGCGCGCUUCGAGAGAGAACAACAGCGCAAGAGAGGUGGCAAUGUGUUUGACCUCGAGGACGAUGCCGAUGAGGUGGAGCUCACCCACGGCGGACAAUCCCUCCGUUUUGACGAUGAGAUUGGUGAGGAAGACUACGACGCGGCUAGCAUUGCUGGGUCUAGCGACGGCGAAGAUGGCUUCCUGAAGAAGAAGAGGCGGAGAGACGAUGACGAUGAAGAUGGCGAAGUGGACGGCGAAGCGGCUGCAGAUCAGCCAGAGCGGAAGAAGAGCAAGGCAGAGGUCAUGAAGGAAGUCGUGGCCAAGUCAAAGCAGCACAAAUACGAGCGUCAGGCACAAAAAGAGGACGACGACGAGCUGCGCGACGAACUCGACAAGGACCUCAACGACGUUCUGUCUGCCUUGCGAGGACACAUCAACAAGAAGCCCGAGCCCGAGAAGCCAAAAGACCCCCAAGUCAACGAGUUUGGCAUGAACGCCGACCGCGCUGCGCUCCUCGCUGGAACCACACAACAAGACAAGGACCGAGAAUACGACAAGCGCGUGCGCCUGCUGAUGCAAGAUGAGCGAGCGAAGCCAACGGAGCGGACAAAGACGGAAGAGGAGAAGGCCAAGGAAGAGGCCGACCGCUUGAAGGAGCUCGAACAGAAGCGGUUGCAGAGGAUGCGAGGAGAGCCAGUCAGCGAUGACGAAGAGCCACGCAAGAAUGGUGCCGAGGAGUCAGAAGAGGAUGAAGAUGAAGAUGAAGACGAUCUUGCCGAUGACGCUGCCGAGUUCGGUCUGAAACUACCAGGCCAACUGAGACCAGAAGGCGUUGAAGAUGAGGACGACUUCAUCAUGGACGAUGAUCUCGUGGCUACGGACUCGGAAGCAGAUAUGUCUGACGAUGAGUCUGAUGCUGGCUCUGCGAUUGACGACACCAUGGCCAUGGAUGAAGAGGAUGCAGACUUUUUGAAGCACGUCAUGCCAGAGCGGAAAGAGCAGCCCAAGGCCGUGAACGGUGUGCUUACACUCUCUGCCGAGCCUUCGUCAAAAUUGGCCUUUACAUACGCGUGCCCGCGGUCUCACGAGGAGCUGCUGAAGGUUUUCAAGGAUGUUGCUCCCAACGAUACCUCCACUGUCAUUCAGCGGAUACGUGCGCUCUACCAUGCUGGACUACACCAAGACAAUAAGCACAAGCUUGCCGACUUUGCAUGCGCGCUUAUUGAUCACGUCUCCUACCUGUCGAACCAGACGCCCGCUGCAUCGUUGGCUGUCAUCGAAGCCAUCAUCCGUCAUAUCCAUUCCAUGACGCGGUCAUACCCAGUUCAGAUUGCUACCAAAAUCCGACAACACUUGAAGCAGCUUCAGAUAUCGAAUGACCCAACUCCGGGCGAUUUGGCUCUGCUUGCAGGCAUUGGCUCCAUCUUCCCCACCUCUGACCACUUUCACCAAGUCGUCACUCCCGCCAUCACUCUCAUGGCUCGAUGGAUGGGACUUACCUCACCUGCUUCUACUAAAGAUGUUGCAACCGGUGCAUGCAUCGGUGCGCUGUGUCUGCAAUACCAAAGGCUAUCGAAGCGAUACAUCCCCGAGUUCAUCCGCUACACCGGACUGUCCCUCAAAUCAGAGCACGCCACACCCACUCUCCUGGCCGCCCACAGCAAGAACGUCAUCACAGCCGCCGAACUCUGGAGCGCCUCAACCGCCUUCAUCGAGAUCUUCACUCCGCUGCUCGCCCCCCUCAAAUCCGCCAACCAAACCUCCACCCACCAAAACCUCCUCGCCCGCCUCUCCCUCGCGCGCUCAAAACGGCGACCACUCCUCCUGCACCACCACCGCCCCCUCCCCAUCAAAUCCAGCAUUCCCAAAUUCGAAGAGUCCUUCGAUCCCAACCGCCACUACGACCCAGACAAGGAGCGCUCGGAAGCCAAGAAGCUGCAGAAGGAGUACAAGCGCGAGAGGAAAGGUGCGCUCAGGGAGUUGCGCAAGGAUGCCAAUUUCAUUGCGAGAGAGACGCUCAAGGAGAAGAAGGAGAAGGAUAAGGCGUAUGAGACGAAGUAUAGGAGGCUUGUGGCGGAGAUUCAGGGUGAGGAGGGGAGGGAGAAGAAUGCUUAUGAUCGGGCGAAGAAGGCUAGGAAGAGUGGUAGAUAG